AUGGCUGGCCAUUCAAAGUGGCACAACAUCCGGCAUAAGAAGGGGGCGGAGGACGCGAAGAAAUCGAUCCUUUACACAAGAAUCUCGUCUCAGAUUCGCAACGCCCUGGACCAUGGAGGGAACGUACCAACGAACCUGCACCUCCAGAACGUCCUGAAGAAAGCGAAAGACCUCAAGGUCCCCAAGGAGAUCAUCGAACGAUCGAUCGAGAAGGCUAUGCAGGCUAAGUCAGGUGGUGUGGCCGUGUAUGAGGGGGUGGGCCCAUCAGGCGUCUCUUUCAUGGUCCAAUGCAUCACAGACAACCGCGCAAGGACAUUCAGCCACCUCAAACAUCUGUUCUCCAAGCACGGGGGGAACUUGGCGGGCUCCGUUGCGUAUAAGUUCAAGAAAGUCGGAGCGAUUGAAUUCCACAACAUCUCCAAGGAGCAGGAAGAGGACUUCAUGGACAAGGCGAUUUCGCUGGGAGCUGAAGAGAUUGAAGGAGAAAACGGUGAAUUCUCGAUUGAAUGCGCUCCUGACAGUUUGGGAACCGUUGUGAAGGGUCUGGAGGAAUUAGGAUACAGCUGUGAAUCGUCACAACUUGCUUUCGUCGCAACAACUCCGAUUGAAGUAUCCGAAGAUGCUAGGGAUGCGAUAAGCUCUUUCGUCGAGGACCUCGAGGGCGAUGGAGAUGUAGAGGCGGUAUAUCACGAUGCAGUGUAG